AGUUUGUGAAAACUGCAUUGUUCCUUUUGAACGAGGACUGAUUUGGUGGUGAUGGAGUGCUGCCACUGACAGAUGGACUCACAGGAAAGAAGCUCAGAAGAGGCAGAAGGAGCCAAAGAGAGAGGCCUGGUCUAUGUGUGGAAGGCUGGUUCCUGCUCUGUAACUCCAGAAAGGCUUCCAGGCCUUAGUGGAAAGACUGUAUUACAGGCAGCCCUUGGAAUACAUCAUGGAUUACUUCUAACAGAAGGUGGAGAAGUAUACAGUUUUGGAAAACUGCCCUGGAGAACAGGACCGGAAGAGUUGUGUGCUAAUACUCCUGUCUUGGAAAAUACUUUGCUUGGACAUCAUGUUAUCACAGUUGCAGCUGGCAGCUUCCAUAAUGGAGCCGUGACAGAAAGUGGUGUGGUGUUCAUGUGGGGGAACAAUUCUGCUGGCCAGUGUGCAGUUGCUAAUCAGCCGUGUGUGCCAGAGCCACAACCCAUCAGUAUUUCUGAUUCUGAAACCAGCCCUCUCUUAUCAGUAAGGAUUUUGCAGCUGGCAUGUGGAGAGGAGCACACCCUUGCACUAUCACUAAGCAGAGAGAUAUGGGCCUGGGGGAGUGGCUGCCAGCUUGGUCUCAUAACAACAACUUUCCCAGUGACAAAGCCACAGAAGGUAGAGCACCUGGCAGGACGCGUUGUGCUCCAGAUUGCUUGUGGAGCCUACCACAGUCUUGCUCUGGUACAAUGUCUCCCUGUGCAGGAAAUGAAGCCUAUCCCAGAGAGGUGCAACCAUUGCAGUCAACUCCUCAUUACCAUGACGGACAAGGAAGAUCAUGUAAUCAUUUCAGAUAGUCACUGUUGCCCACUGGGUGUAGCACUGUCUGAUAACCAACCAGAAAACCAUGUCUUCUGUCCCUCACUGGAGACCCUAGAAGGAAAAAGUGUAACAGGUAGCCAAAGUGAAGACUGUCAGAAACCUCUUGUGGAAGAACAUACACUUGUUGCUUUAGAAUCUGAUGGAGCAAGUGUGCUUUCCAGCAACAAUAGACAGGAAGAAAGUGGAAUUUCUAGUCCUGGAAAUAGUCUGUUUUCAGACAAAAAAGAAGUGAAAGAGUACUUAAUCAGUUUAUCAGAUCAAUCAAUAAAUGAGAGUCUGAAGAAAAACAUCUGCACAGAACCUGAGCAGCCUUCUCAAGAAGAACAACUCGGUGCUUGUAUCCCUGGCCCUCCAGGUACCAGCGCAUCUGCCUUGAACAGCUUGGUGGCCUCUUGUGCAUCGGCAGUUGGUGUGAGAGUAGCUGCUACAUAUGAAGCUGGAGCAUUGUCUCUGAAGAAAGUAAUGAACUUCUAUGGCACACCUUCGAGUGAACCAGGGUCUCAGUCUGGUGGCGGUUCCCCAGGGCCUGAAGCUCUGAAAGACAGUCGAGAAGAGCAGGUCAGACUGGAAUCCAUGCAGGGGAAGAAGAGUUCCAGUUUAGUAGAUAUUAGAGAGGAGGAAUCUGAAGGAGGGAGUCGAAGACUUUCACUGCCUGGCUUGUUGUCACAAGUUUCUCCGAGGCUCUUACGGAAGGUAGGCCGGGCAAAAAUGAGGACUGUAGCUUUGACUCCAACUUACAGUGGUGAGGCUGAUGCUCUUCUACCAUCUCUAAGAACGGAGGUAUGGAGCUGGGGAAAGGGGAAGGAAGGACAGCUAGGACAUGGCGAUGUUCUGCCAAGGCUUCAGCCUCUAUGUGUGAAAAGCCUAGACGGUAAAGAAGUGAUUCACCUCUCUGCUGGUGGCCAUCAUUCCUUAGCACUUACUGCCAAAUCCCAGGUGUAUUCAUGGGGCAGUAAUAUCUCUGGCCAGCUUGGUCACUUGAACUCCCCGACAACAGUCCCUCGUCUUGCAAAGGUGUGUGGUGACGGUAUUUGGAGUACAGCAGCAGGACUAGACUAUUCCCUUUUCUUAGCAGAUGAGGAGGAUUUCCAACCUGGAUUAUAUUACAGUGGCCAGGAGACAGCAACAGAAAAUAGUUUGUAUGAAAAUAGCUGUACUAAGAGUCCGGUUUUGCUACUAUCCUGUAGUAAGAUAGGGUACAUAAGCAAUGUGAUAGCUGGUGGUGACAACUGUUUGAUCUUAGUAGACAAGAACGUAAUGGGAUAUAUUGCCAGUUUGCAUGAGUUGGCUUCUACUGAGAGAAGGUUUUAUUUCAAACUGAGCGAGAUCAAAUCUCAGGUUCUUAGACCUCUUUUAGGUCUAGAUAAUUUGGGCAAUGCAAAUACAAUCCAGUUGUUGCAGGAAAUGGCAAGCAGGUUCAGCAAGCUAUGCUAUCUCAUUGGUCAACAUGGAGCUUCUUUAAGUAGCUUUCUUCAUGGAGUGAAAGAAGCCAGGAGCUUGGCCAUCCUGAAGCAUUCCAGUCUCUUUUUGGAUAGUUACACUGAGUAUUGUACUUCAGUAACAAACUUCCUGGUAAUGGGAGGAUUUAUGCUUCUUGCAAAGCCAGCACUAGACUUCUUGAGUAAAAACCAGGAGCUGUUACAGAAACUGGCUGAGAAGAAUGAAGAAAACCUCCAGCUAGUGGAAGUUCUGAAUGCUCUGUUUUUCAUGCCAUUUGGACGACUUCAUAAUUAUGCUAGAACUUUGCUAAAGCUUGCUACGUGUUUUGAAGUGGCAUCUCCAGAAUACCAGAAGCUACAGGAUUCGAGUUCCUGUUAUGAGAGCCUUGCUGUCCAUCUUAGCAGAAAAAGGAAAGAAGCAGAAUACACCCUGGGCUUCUGGAAGACUUUUCCUGGGAAAAUGACGGAUUCCUUGCGGAAGCCAGAACGUCGUUUAAUCUGUGAAAGCAGCAAUCGGGGGUUGUCCCUACAGCAUGCUGGAAGAUUCUCUGUAAACUGGUUCAUCCUCUUUAAUGAUGCUCUUGUACAUGCUCAGUUUUCAACGCACCAUAUUUUUCCCCUGUCCACACUGUGGGUAGAAGCUCUUUCAGAAGAAGCUGGUAAUGUGAAUGGAUUGAAGAUUACAACACCAGAAGAACAGUUUGUUCUUGUUUCUUCAACACCACAGGAAAAGACCAAGUGGCUGAGGGCCAUAAGCCAAGCUGUGGAUCAGGCCCUUAAAGGGACUUCUGACCUAAUUCUGUAUGGAGCUGGUGGGAAUGUGUCAAGACAGGAACCUCCUAUUUCUCGCAGUGCCAAAUACACCUUCUAUAAGGACCCUAGAUUUAAGGAUGCUGUCUAUGAUGGGAGAUGGCUUUCAGGAAAACCUCAUGGCAGAGGGAUCCUGAAGUGGGCAGAUGGAAGAAUGUACUCUGGGACUUUCCGGACUGGGCUGGAGGAUGGGUAUGGUGAAUACAGAGUGCCAAACAAAGCAUUGAACAAGGAUGACCAUUACGUGGGGUACUGGAAGGAAGGCAAAAUGUGCGGGCAUGGAGUCUACAGCUAUGCUACUGGUGAGGUGUACGAAGGAUGUUUUCAGGAUAAUAUGCGUCACGGGCAUGGCCUGCUACGCAGUGGGAAGCUGACCUCUUCCUCUCCCAGUAUGUUCAUUGGACAGUGGACAAUGGAUAAGAAGAGUGGUUAUGGAGUUUUUGAUGAUAUUACAAGAGGAGAAAAGUAUAUGGGAAUGUGGCAAGAUGAUCUUUGCCAAGGCAAUGGUGUUGUGGUUACUCAGUUUGGACUGUAUUAUGAAGGAGCCUUCAGCACCAACAAAAUGAUGGGGACUGGAAUUCUGCUUUCUGAGGAUGAUACAGUCUAUGAGGGGGAAUUUUCAGAUAACUGGACUCUGAGUGGAAAGGGAACACUGACCUUGCCAAAUGGAGAUUAUAUUGAAGGUCUCUUCAGUGGAGAAUGGGGAUCUGGGAUAAAAAUCACAGGAACCUACUUCAAGCCUAGCUUGUAUGAGAAUGAGAAGGACAAACCUAAAGCAUUGCGGAAACUUGGGAUCCUGGCAGUGCCUCCAGAUGAGAAAUGGAAGGCAGUAUUUGAAGAGUGCUGGAACCAGCUUGGUUGUGAGAGCCCAGGCCAGGGGGACAGAUGGAAGGCUUGGGACAACAUUGCGGUGGCCCUGACCACCAACCGACGGCAACACAAAGACAGCCCAGAAUUAUUGAGCCGCUCACAUACUCAGACACUGGAAAGUUUGGAGUUCAUUCCACAACACAUUGGUGCCUUCACCCUGGAAAAAUAUGAAAAUAUUAAAAAAUAUUUGAUAAAGGCUUGUGAUACUCCUCUACAUCCACUGGGAAAACUGGUGGAAACACUAGUAGCUGUCUACAGAAUGACCUAUGUUGGAGUAGGAGCUAAUCGACGAUUGCUGCAGGAGGCUGUAAGAGAGAUAAAGUCCUACCUCAAACGUAUCUUCCAAUUGGUUAGGUUCUUGUUUCCUGAUCUUCCGGAAGAGGGCAGCACAAUUCCAUUUCUGGCAACAGAGACAAAGGGAAGGCGAUCCUUUUGCAGUGGGAAAUCUGACUCCAGAUCAGAAUCUCCUGAGCCAGGCUAUGUGGUAACCAGUUUUGGCUUGCUGCUCCCUGUAUUGCUGCCACGACUCUAUCCUCCUCUAUUUAUGUUAUAUGCCUUAGACAACGAGCGUGAGGAAGAUAUUUACUGGGAAUGUGUUUUACGUCUAAACAAGCAAACUGAUAUGGCUCUUCUAAGUUUUCUUGGAGUGCAAGCGAAAUUUUGGCCAGGAACUGUAUCCAUCCUUGGAGAGAGUAGAAAGGUAUCAUCAAAUACAAAAGAUGCCUGCUUUGCCUCUGCAGUUGAAUGUUUACAGCAAAUCAGUACCACAUUUACCCCAGCUGACAAGUUGAAGGUGAUCCAGCAGACUUUUGAAGAAAUCUCUCAGAAUGUACUUGAGACUCUUCAGGAAGAUUUUCUGUGGUCCAUGGAUGACUUAUUUCCUGUUUUUCUCUAUGUGGUGCUACGAGCCAGGAUAAGAAAUUUGGGGUCUGAGGUGCACUUAAUCGAAGACUUGAUGGAUCCUUAUCUGCAGCAUGGGGAGCAAGGCAUUAUGUUCACUACCUUGAAGGCAUGUUACUACCAGAUUCAACAUGAAAAGCUUACCUAGACCAUCACUUAUGACCUGGCUCUGUGGGAUAAUCUACUCAGAGGAACUUCACAAACACCUGCUUUCUUCCCUGAAAUGGCACUUAGAAAAUACUGCUACAGUUCUGUUGUUACACAUGAAAAUACUCAGUUGUUUCUUCUGAACUUUCUGUUUUAAGAUGAGAAAACUGCAGCCAGAG